AUGCCAAUCGCGCAGAAGACAUCGCUAGAAUGGAUCCUCUCUGGAGGCUCCGACGUUGCAUCCGCAGAAGAGCACCGUCGCACAUUCCAGUGCACUGCCGAUCACGAGCUACUCGAGCUGGUGCAGCAGUUUUGGGAACAGGAACGGGAGCCCAACGCAGUCACGACACUCUCCGCCGAAGAGCAGCAAUGCGAGGAAUUCUUCGUGCACACGCACACUCGCACCUCUUCAGGACGAUACGUGGUGAAGCUGCCGUUCUCCUCACCAAUCACUGCACUCCGCGAAACCCGCAAACCAGCCGAGCGGCUUCUCACAACGAUGGAGAGACGAUGCGUCCAGGAUCCUCGAUUCGGCAAUCUGUAUCGCAGCUUCAUGACAGAAUACGAAGACCUGAAACAUAUGACGCUGGUGACAUGCUCCACAACUAGCAAUCAGUCAACGUACUUACCACAUCAUGGAGUACUCAAAGAGUCCAGUGCCACGACGAAGCUGAGGGUCGUGUUCAAUGGGUCGCAGCGAACGCGAACUGGAGACUCUUUAAACGCACACCUCAUGACUGGAGCAAAUCUUCUGCCAGCUCUUCCUGACGUACUACUCCGAUGGCGUCAACACCAGUAUGUCUUCGUUGCUGAUAUAGAGAAAAUGUAUCGGCAGAUACUCGUGCAUCCGGAUGACUGCAGAUUCCAAACGAUCCUGUGGCGUCAUUCAACUGAUGAUGAAGUGCGAGAGUACCAGCUGAGAACGGUCACCUACGGUCUGGCGUGUGCUCCGUUUCUCGCCAUACGGACACUCCGUCAGCUCGCAACGGACGAAGAAGAGCAGUUUCCUCGUGGCGCCGUAGCUCUGCGUCGAGAUUGUUAUGUCGACGAUGUGGUCACCGGCUCAAAUACGCUGAACGAUGCGAUCGCACUCCAGAUGGAAAUUCGCAACCUCUGCUUGGCGGGCGGAUUUCCGUUGAAGAAGUGGGCAGCCAACGACGAGAGGAUCCUGACUGGAGUACCAAGCGAUCAUCGUUUGCAGCAAUUGCCGCCAGCCUGGGUUGGAGAGAGCCACUCCACGCUAGGACUCCGCUGGCACCCGCAACAAGACCAGUUCUCCUUCGUGUUUCAUCCGCACGCUGCCAUCAACCACACGAAGAGAACGGUUUUAUCCGAAACCGCACGGCUCUUCGAUCCAUUGGGUGGCUCGCUCCAGUCGUGA